GGUUGCUGCUUGGCCCGACUUACACGUUUGAUAUUCGCGUUAACGAAAGCAUUAAAAGAAUUGAGAUUUGUCUCCGGUGAUAUGUAUCCAAUGUUAGGCAAUGAUAUUAUAUAUUUAAAUGAACUAUAUCUAAGAAUGAAAUCGAACUAUGCUCAAUAUCGCACCUUAAAAAUGAAACAGAUGGCUUCGGACGACAAAGCAUUAUCACUUAAUAUCAGAGAUGUUAAAGAUUUCCAAAAGUCAGGAAGUGUUAAUGAUGAAGUGCAUUGCAAUUUUCCUGAAGAUAAUACAGAUGAAAGAAAUAAACGACUCCUUGAAGAAAGCUUGCGCAGGAUGUCAACUAAAUGGAAAUCGGAAAGCGAUUUUGAAGAGUAUCAAACGAGAAAGCACAAAUUCCAUAUUGAUUCCAAAUGGAAAAGAGAAGAAUGA